UUGACGUGAACGGAGUGGGAACUCUGAGAGUAGCAAUCAAGAAUAAACUAAGGGGUACGGCGUGGCGCGCCUUUGAUGAAAAAUAAUAUUGUAGAAUGGGAAGACUAAAGAGAAACAGUGCUAUACUUGUCAUAAUAUCCUUAUUAAUUGAGACAAAUGGCUUCUAUGUGCCUGGUGUUGCUCCUGUAGAGUUUAAAAGGGGCCAAAAAAUUGACGUGAAAGCAGUUAAAAUGACCAGUACUCAUACACAAUUACCAUAUGAAUAUUAUUCUAUUCCUUUUUGUAUACCAAAAAAGGGAACUCUCAUUUAUAAAUCAGAAAAUUUAGGAGAAGUAUUACGUGGUGACAGGAUUGUAAAUACACCAUAUGAAGUAUCAAUGGCAGAAAACAUAACCUGCAGCUUAUUAUGCCAUGGACAUAAUGAUGGGCAUAUAACAUGGAAUGAAGAAGAGUCACAGCGUGUCAUAGAACGCAUUCAACAUGAUUAUACUGUGCACUUAUUAAUUGACAAUUUACCAGCAGCAACAAAGAAAGUUCAUAAAGAUUCAAAUAAUGUAAUUGUAUAUCAUGGAUAUCGUUUGGGUGGUAUUGUGAAUGACCAAUUCUACAUUAAUAAUUAUCUUAAACUAAAAUUAAGUUACCAUAAAUAUGGAGAAAAUGAAUUUAGAGUAGUUGGAUUUGAAGUAGAAGCUCGCUCAGUUGAUGUAAAUCAACUAAAGAAUGAUGGAACUACUUGUAUAUUGCCUACACAUGCAAAUCAUCAAUUUGUUAAUCCUAAAGGAACCAAGCUUCUGUUUUUAUAUUCUGUGGAAUGGAGGGAGUCUGAUGUAAGUUGGGCAAGCAGAUGGGACAUAUAUCUAGGAAUGAGUGAUGUUGAAAUUCAUUGGUUUUCAAUCAUCAAUUCUCUUAUUGUAGUCCUUUUUCUUUCUGGAAUUCUAACAAUGAUUAUGGUCCGAACUUUGAGGAGGGAUAUUGCACGCUAUAACGCGGGUGAAAGUGACAGUUUAGCAGGCUUAGAUGAGACAAUUGAAGAAACUGGUUGGAAGCUAGUUCAUGGAGAUGUAUUUCGACCUCCACCAAAUCCUCGGUUAUUUGCGGCUGUAAUAGGCAGUGGAAUUCAAAUAUUUUUUAUGGCUUUAAUAACAAUAUUUUUUGCCAUGUUGGGUAUGCUUUCUCCUGCUAGUAGAGGAGCACUUGGAACUUGUGCAAUAUUUUUGUAUGUAUCCUCUGGUGUGAUAGCGGGAUAUUUUUCUGCGCGUCUUUAUAAAACAAUGCGCGGUCGGAAAUGGAGAAGAACAGCGUUUUUGACAGCAACACUUUAUCCUGGUAUAGUAUUUACUACUUGUUUCUUUCUAAAUUUUUUUAUAUGGGGAAAACAUAGCUCUGGUGCAGUACCAUUUACAACAAUGUUAGCACUGUUGUGUUUAUGGUUUGGUAUAUCACUUCCUCUUGUAUAUCUUGGAUAUUUCUUUGGAUAUCGUAAACAGCCUUUUACACAUCCUGUAAGAACAAAUCAAAUUCCCAGACAAGUUCCUGAUCAGUUAUGGUACAUGAAUCCAAUACUGUGCACACUAAUGGCUGGAAUUCUUCCCUUUGGCGCUGUUUUUAUAGAAUUAUUUUUCAUUUUGACCGCAUUAUGGGAAAAUCAAUUUUAUUACCUCUUCGGAUUUCUGUUUCUUGUUUUUUGCAUACUGGUCAUCUCUUGUUCUCAAAUAUCCAUAGUUAUGGUGUAUUUCCAAUUAUGUGGCGAAGACUAUAGAUGGUGGUGGAGGAGCUUUAUUGUCAGUGGAGGAUCAGCUGUAUAUGUCCUAGCCUAUUCAAUCUUCUACUUUAUGACGAAACUAGAAAUAACAGAAUUAAUCCCAACACUUUUAUAUUUUGGUUACACUGCAUUAAUGGUGUUAACAUUUUGGUUAUUAACAGGUACAAUAGGAUUCUUUGCAGCUUAUGCGUUUAUUCGAAAAAUAUAUGCUGCUGUAAAAAUAGACUAG